AUGUAUCUCCCUGUCAGACCUAGACCCAAGAAAACCGAUAUUAUCCGGUCACGCAAUGGGUGCAAGAGUUGUAGGCAGAGGCGAACCAAAGUACUUCCCCCUGGGUUAGGCAAAACAUGCGAGCGCUUUUCUGAGGAUUUGCAAUUCCGUGUUGUGACUUCCUCAGAUCCUCGAAUGCCAAAGAGGCUGAGAGGGAAAGACCGCUCUCAUACACGCCUAGGGCUAAGUCACGUAGAACCUGAGGGCGUUUCUUGCGGCAGUAUGGAUCUGAUAAGGUCGCUACAACAUACAGAACGGGACGUUUUCUACCUUACGUAUUGGGAAGAUCAGUGCCUGCCAACUCUGCAUCCCAUCCUCCGCUUCUUUACCCAGUCAGCAGCAGCAAACGUGAUGUUGAAGAACACAAUGCUAGCCCUGUCAGCUUGUAAUCUCAGCCGCCUCAACCCAGAAGUCAGAAUGCGCUCAGAGAGCUUCCACAUGGGGAAGUUCAGACCCAACUUAAUCCAUCAGACCAGAAGUCAGCUUUACUAUUCAGCUGCAAUAAGCAGACUUGUCAACUCGGAUCAACUUCAUGACCAGCGGGUAGCGAUAACUGUGUUAGCCGUUAUUGUUAUCCUUUCGUAUAUGGAGUCUUCAAUGUCUAAUUUUACGGCCUUUUACUGUCAUACGGAUGGGCUCUUUCGCUUUCUCACAAAUCUGAAUGACUAUGCUCAAGAUGAGACAGUUCGGGGUCUUCUAACCACAUGGAUGCAAAGCCGGCUUUCGGUUUGGUGGAUGCGCUCCUACUUUAGCUCGGUAAAGCUGCAGCGGCUUCUGCCAUCGAUCCCUCUGCCACGCAUCCUCCAAGGGCAGCCAAAGUCCUUGCAUGAGCGCCGUGUCGAGAUUAUGAGUAUAAUGUGUGACUCGCAUUAUCUGAGUAACUCUUGCAUACUCCGACACUGGGAUUGUGAACAAAGCACAGAGACCGUAAUUCCUGAACCAUCAGACGCACCCGGCACUGAUGCAUUGCAUUUCCACGUGCUCCUCGCCCACCAAGUCCAGCGUCUAGAUCGCUGGAUCCAGCACCUCUCACCCGCCGAACAGCCAUUGAUGGAUUCAGCCUCAACAGGAGAUAUUACCACUCCACUGCGCUUCACCUCCCACGACGCCGCGCUAAACUACGCUUAUUACCUCACCAGUUGUAUCCUACAAUGCCAGACUAUUUUCUGCACCCUUCCUCCAACAUGCCCUACUAUUGCAACAAGGGAAGGCCAAACAGCAGACCCCUACGUUGGGCUACUCCUCCGCAUUGCUAAAGCCUCGCCGCCAGCCCAUCACCUCAAGCAAAACAUAUACACAAUCGGAUUCACAAACCUUCUUCUCACCGCCCUCCUCCGCACCACGUCUGUUUCCCUUGCCAUCGAGAUCGAGAAUUUUGUACAGAGCUUGGCCGACACCCUACCAACAGAAGAAGGCGGGUUCCCAAUUUACCAAGCCCUAGCGGUAAUCAAGUUGAUCAAUGUGCGGAAAAUGGCAGGGAAGGAUGUGGUUGCCGUUUCGCAGCCGGUAGAUGAUCAUGGCGGGGAACCAAAAUUCCAAUCUUAUAACAGCCAGGCUAUACGGGAUCUAUUCUUCCAUGGGAAGGAACGCACGGGAGGCGCUUUAUUCAAAGAGCGAGUAGUUAUUGGCCGUGCGGGCAAGUUGAAUGGAGGAGAGUGGAGAUGGGGGAGAGGAAGAAGACGGCCUGUUAUCUAUGUGUCGAGGUUCGAUGGGUUCUGA